CUUCCAUUCCAUUUAAUAAUGAUAAUAAUUCACUAUAAAAUGUUGUGUAUAUAUUCUUUCUUCUUCAUUUUUUGUACUGAGAUGCAAAUUUUAAGGUGACACAGAAUCAUAUUUAAUGCAAUAAUAUGGGGUGCUGUCAGCAAAAAACUGGAUUUUCAUUAAUUUUGGUUUCCUCCCUUCUUAACUUCCUCUGAGUUUCCUCUUUAGAAUAUUGAAAAACCCCUUUCCCCUUUGUCCUCUUUUUGUACACAAUUUCAAUCUCUUCCCUCUUCUGUAAAACCUCCAAUUCUCAAAAAAAAAAAAACCCAAACUUUUUUUUCUUCUUGUCCAUGGUUGCAAAAUCCCAACUUAAUUUGAUCGGAAUGAGAGAUUUUGCGGCUUGUUUCAGCGAAUACUCUGUUCAGGUUGCAGAUAAUGCAUCUUGUGCUAGCUAUGCAAAUACUUCCUGCAUCACUCCCAAUUCGAUUCCUUCAACCCAGAAUGCAGUCACUUGUUUGUACAAAUCUGUUCUUUCCAAUGACAAGCAAAUAGUCAUUAGAGUUACUUGGUGCAAGAAUAAUGUUACUCAAGGCUUGAGCAUACAUUUUGGGGAUGAUCCUUCCAGCAGUUUUAAACUCAAUACAACUUCAAGGCUGUUCAGGAAGAAACGGGGCAGCAAAUCUUGUGAAUUCAGUGAUUGUAAAGUUGAAAUCUUUUGGGAUCUUUCUUCAGCCAGGUACAAUUCAGGGCCUGAACCAAUUGAUGGGUUCUAUGUCCUAAUCACUGUUGAUUCAGAAUUGGGAUUGUUACUCGGUGAUUUAGCUGAAGAAGCAUCUUUGAAUAAGCUGAAAAAGGGUACAAAAAUCGCUAAAUACUCAUUGAUUUCAAGGCAGGAACACUUCUCUGGCAAUACUCUGUACUCAACCAAGGCUCAGUUUUCAGAUACAGGAACAGCUCAUGAUAUACUAAUUCGGUGUAGUGGAGAAACUGAAGGGCUAAAGCAUCCUGUUCUAUCAGUUUGCAUUGAUAAAAAAGUGGUGAUUCGGGUGAAGAGGCUGCAAUGGAAUUUCAGAGGGAACCAGACAAUUUUCUUGGAUGGAUUGCUUGUUGAUCUUAUGUGGGAUGUUCAUGAUUGGUUCUUCAAUCCUGUUUCUGGGUACGCUGUUUUCAUGUUCAGAACAAGAAGUGGGAUGGAUAGUAGAUUGUGGUUGGAGGAGAAAUUGAUGCAGAAGGACCAAGAUAAAGUUGAAUUCUCAUUUUUGAUCUAUGCCUGUAGAUGAUGAUGACCAUUACACGUGGUAUUCAUGAUUUUUACUUCUUCUUACUUCUUUUUUUUUUCUUUCUCUUUUGCUGCUUUUUUUGGGGGUCUUUUACUUUGUUACUGAUCAUGAAAAAAGAAGAGGUAGAGAGAGAGAGACAGAUUUCAUUCAUUUUGAUGAUCUUUGUGAGAAAUACUUACAAUAACUUUGAUCAAAGAGUGCAGAAUAAUUGUUUCUGUUUUUACAAAAAGCUUAAUUUGAGCUCUGAAAAGAUGUAAAUUUUUUAGAUAUAGUCAUGAGAUCAAUCAAUGUAUCCAAUUCAUCACUGAUUCGUGAUUUUCCUCUUUUCAAUUUCUGCUUCUAUUGAAUGCAAUGAACAAGAAUUUU